GAGAGGAACCACUUCGUCUUUUAGAAUCCUUCAUUGAUCCCUAGUCAUGCUACUCACAUAAAGCGAGAGGCUGCUCUCAGAGGAAGAUGAACUCCUGGUUGAGAGCGCUACAUUUUGGGUGGGGCAUGUCUCCGGGAGCUGUUGAGGCAGUCAGAGUGGGGCAGGAGGUCUGAGGAACUUGUACUAGAGGUGACAUAAAUAGCACAGAAGACAUAGGUGACUCUAGGCCGUGGGGUCAUGACUGAGAGCCGUGAGUGCCGCGCGUCCUGAGAGGCAGCGAUGCAGGAGACCGAGCAGGGCGGUGGUCUAGAAUGCGCUUCGAAGCGUUAUUUCCUCCCUGCCGCAAGAGGGCGCUGCGGCCCAGGCUCCUAGAGGAAGAAGUAAAGCAAGUCCGCCUGGGCCCCGACGCCUGCGUACAGACACCCGCGCCGGCUUCGGCUCCCCUCCUUCUCCGCCGAGGCUCAGAUUGGACCCACGGGCGGGGCGUGAUGGUGGUCGGUACCGGAACCUCCUUGGCGCUGUCCUCCCUCCUGUCCCUGCUGCUCUUCGCUGGCAUGCAGAUAUACAGCCGCCAGCUGGCCUCCACCGAGUGGCUCACUAUUCAGGGGGGCCUGCUGGGCUCCGGCCUUUUCGUCUUCUCCCUGACUGCCUUCAAUAAUCUCGAGAAUCUGGUCUUUGGUAAAGGUUUCCAAGCAAAGAUCUUCCCUGAGAUCCUCCUCUGCUUGCUGUUGGCCCUCUUUGCGUCCGGCCUCAUCCACCGCGUCUGUGUCACCACCUGCUUCAUCUUCUCCAUGGUUGGUCUGUACUACAUCAACAAGAUAUCCUCCACCCUGUACCAGGCGACAGCCCCCGUGCUCACACCCGCCAAAGCCACUGGCAAGGGCAAGAAGAGAAACUAAUCCUGGUGACUAAUAAAGUUGAUUCUUUGUA